AUCUGUGGUUGUGCGUGUUGUGUUUUGUACGUACGCCGCUACCGCAAAUUGAAUCAUUUUCUAUUGAUUUUUCAAUGUAACUACAACUUUCUUUUAUUAAUUGACAGUAAACAUUCCAUAAUAAUGAUGCAUUUGUACAAAUCAGUACUUUUUCUGUCUCUGACACUUACAUCAUUGAAGACAGUUGAAUCAAUAAACUGCUAUCAAUGUUCGGGGACGGACUCUGAAAACCCUUUUGAAUGCAAUGAAUAUUUUGAUAACGACAUAGAUAUAUUACCGAAGGACUGUUCCGAUAUUCAUGAUGCCCAGUAUUGUAUAAAACACGUCGGACGGUACGAAGUUGUAGCUAUAGAUUGCUAUCAGUGCAAUUCCUCAACUACGAUGGAGUGUGGUGAUGCCCUCAUGCACCUGGAUGGGGGAAGUCUGAAGCCUACUUCCUGUGAACAUGUAUUUAAUGCUCAAUUCUGCAUAAAACAUACAGGUGGCAUCAGCACAAAAAGAUAUUGUUCAUCUUUAGAUCUUGGCAACUACUGCAACUAUGUGCAGCAACCCGGAGACAAACUUGAGUAUAGGACUUGCAUAUACACCUGCAGUAGUGAUGGCUGCAAUGCUGCAACUGGUUUAACUAUAUCUACUGCAGUGUCGGCAGUACCCUUCUUAAUAGUCGCUUACAUACUAGGAUAUAUGUCAUAAUAAGUUUUUUAGGGAAAGUUGCUUUAACUUUGAUGUUUUUGAAAUGCAUUUAAAAUUUCCGUGUUUGAAGCCAAAUA